AGAUGCUGUAAGAUAUUUCUGAGCCGUCUCUGUCGUUAAAGGUUGUGCUAGCCGUCGUAUAAAUGGUGAACGGGUUAGCUUAACGUUAAUACUACAGGAACUCAUGGGAAUAGCCUUUGACACUGUUGUCCUAGUUGUGUAGCGUUAACGUGUGCUACGGUUUCGUGCUGUAAGUGACGACAUAAGUUUGCUUCCAGUUUGGACUCCUAGUGUAUAUCAAGUUUAAGUAUUUUAUUGUUGCUGUCCUCCACCUUUCCGUUUCUACCAUGCACAUUAAAGAGAAGACGAUAGCCAUUUUAAAGCAGUUUGACAUCGGAAACCAGCUCGCGUCUCUUCCGGUGCUGCACAAAGCCUCGGUGCUCAUCCCGCUGAUGGUGAAGAACGGAGAGCUGUGCACCCUGAUGACCCUGCGUUCAAUGGAGCUGCGGACCAGCGCUGGAGAGGUGUGUUUCCCUGGAGGGAAGAGAGACCCCGGAGACAGAGACGACGUGGACACCGCUCUGAGAGAGGCCGAGGAGGAGAUAGGUCUACCGCCUGCUGAUGUUCAGGUGGUCUGUAGGCUGGUCCCCAUCAUCAAUAAGAGUGGUCUGCUGGUGACCCCGGUGGUUGGCUUCAUCGAUGAGUCAUUUUGUCCCAGUCCAAACCCGGCUGAGGUCAGCGCCGUGUUCACAGUCCCUCUGGACUUCUUCACCAGUGACAAGGAUCACUACGCCACCCACGGUGCUGCUGGGAUGAUGGGGUUGCUACACUCCUUUUAUUUUGUGGACCCCGACUCAGGAAGCCAGUAUCACAUCUGGGGCCUCACUGCCAUCUUCGCCAUCCUGGUCGCUGCCCUUGCUCUCAGGACGCCUGAGUUUGAUGUUGGUUUUGACCCCAAGGAUCCGUUAUCCUUCUUCCAACAGAUUCUACAUAGAAAAAUUAGUAAACUAUGACCAGCUGGUUUCCUAAUGUCUCUAAUGCAUUUUGUCAACAUUUACAGCAUUAAUUGUGAGGAUAAGAGUGCAAUAUGUAACUUUACUUGAAUGCAUUAUUUGCUGAAAAAGAUUAAUAUAAAAACCUGUCAGAGCUUGUUUUAUAACUCGUGCAUCUAAAUCAAAGCGGGACGAUUAAAGGAGCGAGUCAAGACGUU